AUGGCGUUCAUCACGUCGGCGUCGAUCACCACUCUCAAGAGUAUUCGCUCGCCCAGACCGUCGUCGUCGUCGUCGUCGUCGUCGUCGUCGUUCGCGCGAUCGCUCACACCUUCGUCCUCGUCGUCAACCUCUCGCGUGGUCACCGCUCGCGCGGAGUCCAAACUCAAGCCCGACUGGGCGGGGGACGACGUGUUGAGUAAGUUGGUCGACGCCGCGAUCUCGAACGAGUUGUUGUACGAGAACGUGAUGAAACCAAUGGCGCGAAGGACGCUCAUCAACACCGCGGAGAAGAACGGCAUCGCGUGGAGAGAGGAGGCCAAGGCGUUGGAGGCGAAUCCGGACAUUCACGCCGCGUUCGAGUCAAUCAAGGAUGACUCGUUGAAGUAUCCGGAGUAUUAUCUCAAGCCGUUUCACGCCUACGCCGAGGGAAAUCUGUGCUGGCUCGCGGCCACCGAGGCGCGAAGCGCGACGUACUCGAUGGCGCUCCGCGUCUGGCCAAAGGAUCGAAUCACGGCGGAGACGGCGCAACAACGCCUUCGUGAUUCAUACACGGAUACGAUUCGAAAGCAUCGCGAGACACACAACGCGUCGACCGGGGAAGCGGAACCGAGGAAGAUUCUCGACGUCGGUUGCUCCGUCGGGAUGUCGACGCGAUACAUAAGCGACGCGUUCCCGAGCGCAGAGGUCAUCGGGUUAGACCUUUCACCUUACAUGCUCGCCGUGGCGUCCGUGAGCGAUAAAGGAGAAGAAGGGAGUGAGAGACGAACGUGGGUGCACGGUAAGGGCGAGGAUACCAAGUAUCCGGAGAACACGUUUGAUGUCGUGUCGCUCGCGUUUGUCAUUCACGAGUGCCCGGAGAAUGCGACGGCGGCGCUCAUGCGAGAAGCGCAUCGGAUCUUGAAACCAGGUGGAACGUUCGUUAUGACGGAUAACAACCCUCAGAGUCCUGUGAUUCAAAAUCUACCCCCGGCACUCUUCACGCUGAUGAAGUCCACGGAACCGCACUCAAACGAGUACUAUACCAUCGACGUUCAACAAAUGCUGCGGGACGCGGGAUUCGAGCACGUGCAUCAAGAGCAAACUGAUCCGCGUCACCGAACGGUGUGUGGGUCGAAGAAAUAG